GGCUGUUUGCCCGUCUGCUUGAGGCGAGGAGUCAGAGAGAGUCUGAGAAACUUGUCGCGCCGCAGUCGCCUGUGGAUGACUAUUUCCAGAAACCUCCGAGGACCAGCAUGCUUCAUGAUUCAGCUCGAGGAGACCUCCGUGAUCCGCCGCAGAGUCUCCAGGAGCCGAAGCACAGCUCAGCCCUGGAUUCAAUACUCCUGAUCAAUGGACAGAGCCUCCUCAGCGGGCAGCAGCGCUACAGACACGCCGUAAACAACUCGUUCUCUCUGGCUGGAACUCCUCUGGGGGUGUGGAGGAGGAUGGAGCGAGGAGGGGAGAGUCCCAUCACCCAGGACAGUCCCGAGCGGAGGGGAGGCAGCCCGGACCUCAGCGGACUCCCACCGCCAGGGAAGAAGGGCCGACUGGAGCUCAACGGGAGCCCCACGGGGCAGAGAAUACGUCAUAAUGGAGCGCCGCUGAGACCCCUAGGAGGUCUGAUGAUUCCAGUCUUCUGCGUGGUGGAGCAGUCGGACGGAGGGAUGCCGACAGACGGGUGUGAUGGCAGAGAGGAGCACGCUGAGUUUGUCCUGGUCAGGAAGGAUAUCCUCUUCUCUCAGCUGGUGGAGACAGCUCUGCUCGCCCUCGGAUACUCCCACAGCUCGGCCGCACAGGCCCACGGCAUCAUCAAGGUGGGACGGUGGAACCCUCUGCCCAUCCACUUCCUGACUGACGCGCCUGAAGCGACGGUCGCCGACAUGCUGAUGGAGGUCUACCACAUGGUCACGCUACGCAUCCAGCUACAAAGUUUCUCGAAGCUGGAGGACCUUCCCUGCGAGCAGUGGAACCACGCGACGGUGAGAAACGCUCUCAAAGAGCUGCUGAAGGAAAUGAACCAAAGCACUCUGGCCAAAGAGUGUCCUCUGUCACAGAGUAUGAUUUCCUCCAUAGUGAAUAGUUCUUACUAUGCCAACGUCUCCACUGCCAAAUGUCAGGAGUUUGGUCGCUGGUAUAAAAAAUACAAGAAAAUCAAAGGAGAUUACCUGGAGAAGAUGUGGUCGGGGCGAGAUCCCUCUGACAUCAAAAUAGAGAGAGACAACAUGGCCGACUUCUGCAUCCUUGGCCAGAGACCCCCUCCUCACCUGGCCGGCUUGGCUCAGCUCAAUCACCUUGGGGGUGGCAGUCCCCUCCUGAAGGGGGGAUCAGGAGACCCCCAGACACCCUCCCAGCCUCCUCAGCAGCCCCCUCCUCCCCAGCAGCAGCAUUCACCUCACGGCCCCCUCCACCACAGCCCUCCUCUCCGCACAGGCCAGGUGCCUCCCCCGCCUCCUCCGCCCCUGCCCGGUGCUCUGCAGCCCCUGCUGGGUCCAGGUGGGAUCCUCUCCCCUCAACUCACUCCACAGAUGGUCCGCCAGCAGCUCGCCAUGGCCCACCUCAUCAACCAGCAGCUAGCUGUAGGCCGCCUGCUGGCCCAUCAGCACCCGCAGGCCCUCAACCAGCAGUUUCUCAACCACCCGCCCAUUCCGCGGGGGUCGUCCAAAAUCGGCGACCAUCCUGGAAGCAACCCGUCCGCCGCAGAGGUCUCGUCUGAGAUUUACCAGCAGGUCAGAGACGAGCUGAAAAGAGCCAGCGUGUCCCAGGCCGUGUUCGCCCGUGUGGCCUUCAACCGCACACAGGGUUUGCUGUCAGAGAUCUUACGUAAAGAGGAAGACCCUCGCACGGCCUCUCAGUCUCUGCUGGUCAACCUGAAAGCGAUGCAGAACUUCCUGAACCUGCCCGAGAGCGAGAGAGAUCGAAUCUACCAGGAAGAGAGAGAGCGCACCAUGAACCCGACCGUCGGCCUCCCUGCAUCCAACUCGUCCAGCCCGGGAACUCCACGCCUCUCACAAAAAGUGUGGGAGAGGGGCUUGGAUGACCAGCUAACCCCCGAUACCUGGGCCUCCAUCUGGAAGAACAAGACGAAGAUCUCCAACUCGCCGAAGCCGACCGGGCCGACUCCCGACCUCCCCAUGAAGCUGGACUCGCUGGUCAACAUCACAUCGGGGAUCUACGACGAGAUCCAGCAGGAGAUGAAGAGAGCCAAAGUGUCCCAGGCGCUGUUCGCAAAGGUGGCUGCCAACAAGAGCCAGGGCUGGCUGUGCGAGCUGCUCCGGUGGAAGGAGAACCCCAGCCCGGAGAACCGCACUCUGUGGGAGAACCUGUGCACCAUCCGGAGGUUCCUGGCGCUGCCGCAGGCCGACAGAGACCUGGCGUACGAGGAGGAGUCCCGACACCAUCACACGGAGAGGCUGCACACCGUCCUCCACCUGCCACAGGACACACAGAUCUAUUGUCUUUCUCGUCAGGCUCUUCACAGGCCACCCCCAACCCCCAUGAAGGAGCACCGGCUGUCCCCCAUACGAGAUGAGCCGCUAUCUGUCCCGGUGAAUGAGGAGGUGUCACAGGCUGUGGGGGGUGGAGCUACGGGAGGAGGAUGUCCACCCGGAGCAGGAGGAAGUGCUGUGAGCAACAAGAAGCCACGAUCACGCACCAAGAUUUCCCUGGAGGCUUUGGGGAUCCUGCAGAGCUUCAUCCAGGAUGUGGGUCUGUACCCGGAUCAGGAGGCCAUCCACACCCUGUCCGCUCAGCUCGACCUCCCCAAACACACCAUCAUCAAGUUCUUCCAGAACCAGCGCUACCACGUCAAGCACCACGGCCGCCUGAAGGAGCUGGGCGAGGGCGCUGCAGCUAGCGGAGGUGUGGAUGUCAGCGAGUAUAGAGAAGAGGAGCUGCUCUCAGGAUCAGAGGACCCGGAGUCCAGCGAGGACGGAGCGGAGGAGAUUUAUCAGUCCACAGAGGGGAGCGGAGGAAAUCAGCCGCCGGCCUCCUCCAGCUCCAACUCCAGCCAGUCGUCUUCAGGGAGCAACGCGGCUCAGGAGGAAGACAAGGGGCAUAGCCGACCUGGAGGUGCUCUGGCUCCAGGGAGCUCCUCAUCCAGUCCCAGAGAGCAGGCUGACUACCAGAGGUAGAGACUGACUCACAGAGAGGAGAGGACGGAGAAAAAAAAACAGGAUAAAGAAUGUCGAUGAUGAAAAAGAAACAAGUGACUGGUUGGGAAUGGAAGGAGAUGUGGCUGCAUAGAAACUAUGUGAGAGUAAAUAUCUAUGUAGGCACAAAAUAAAAUAAGAAUCCAUUGGACUAACAUACUGCACAGACUCUUUAUAGUGACAAUCUCAGACAGAUUUCUGUGAAAACCUGACAUGUGGAUUGAAUUACCUCAGCAGGUUUGCAGUGCUGUGACACAGAAGUGGUUGUGCAACUGUGAAAGACAGUUUUCCCCAAAAUGAUUCACUUGUAAACUUUAAAAAAACUGGUAAGUCUUUCGCUGCUCAUUCCUCCAACCAACCAAGACACAUCAAUCAAAUCUCUACAUUUAGAAUUGUCACAGAUCUGACUCCUAACUCACCUGGAAAGCCACUCCAUGAAGGCCGGACUUGCUCUGCCUCAUCUUUAAAUCUGAGCACAGUCACAUAACACAUCCUCCUUUACAUGCUGGGUCGAAUUCGCCCCAAAGAUUGAUAUUUAUAGACUGGAUCUGGGGACUUGAAAGACCUCUACAAUCCUAUAAAAUCCUCAGGACACACACUGAUGUUGCUAAUGCUGUUGCCUGCCUGAGAACGUGGAUGAGAGACAACACUUUAUGAGCUUCAUUUCACAAAAAAAAAAAAAAAAAAGAGAAGAAAACCACCUGAAAUCAUCGCCUCACUGACACACUCCAGAAUCACUACCAGUCCUUCUUAGCACUUACUGUUCACAAAGACACUGUGGAUGUGAUGUACUAAAGCCUCAGCUCCUGCCUCUCCUCUCAUGGGCAGUUUGGCAGGAGGACGGCUGAGACAAAUCACAAGGAUGUGGCGUGAAGGGACACUCGGGCUGGCGUACCCACAAUCCUGGAAACACCCGAUUUAACGCAGUGAAGAAAAAAAUAUCAAGAAGAGGAAAGACAGAGCAGAGAUUCAGCAACCAAACAAUCAGUCACUUUAUGAGCGGUAGUUCCUCCCUCCAUCUCCCCCCUCUCCCUCUCUCUAAUUGAAGCCCACAGUCUUGUGUUUCACCACACCUACCCGCACUUAAACUUCACCCACCCUAUUUAUUGCUAUCUUUAUCCAUGAUUAUUAUUAUCAUUAUUGUUAUUAUUGUUGUUAUUAUGGUUAGAAUUGCUGUCAUUCUGUGCUAUUUUUAGUUUUUAUUUCCAUGGUUUCUAAACAUUGGUUUUCAGAGCUGGGCGGUGCGUCGGGGCAAUAAGAGACACUGAGAGCGCUUUGCCCCGAACGACGAGGACAAGAGUAAAAGGAAAGGAAAAAGAAGCAGUUACUGAGUGUUAUUGGGUGUAAAAAAAAAAUCCUGUCAUGUUGUAUUAUUCCAGUUUUUUAUCAGUUUCCAAAAAAAAAAUAGAUAAGAUUUGUUAAAAAGAGAAAUAAGAGAGUGAAACUUUGCUGUUUCACCGAUGUCGAUGACAAUCUACUUUUUUGAGCCAUGAAAGAAAAGUGGCAAGUUUGACUCUGUUUGUCACUUUUGAUGUCUGUAAAUACCCGACACGGGAUAAAUUGUUAUUGAUAUACUUUUAUUUUUUAUUUUGCUGAGUGACUUUAAGUGUUUGAGCCAGUGUGGAGGAUCAGAAGUGCUGUUCCUUCUUUUCUUCUUCAGGACGACGCCAUGAAAUCAGUUCGAUUCAUUGUGACGGGAAAAAUAAAAUCACGAGUAUUUAAAAAAGGAUUCGUUAGGGCUGCUUUGUCAAAGUCUAACAUUUGGAUCAUAUGUAAAAAAGAUCCCCAAGUAGACCCUCUCUUUGUCAGUCGAAUCUACACUUCUGUUAGCUGCGUUAUUGAACUCACAGUAAAGCCAAAAACAGCAUGACAUGCUAAAAACAGAAACUUAUUCUUAGGUUUUUAUCCAUCACGAGGUUUUUGGUGAAAGCUAAAUUUUAAACACAGGUCUUUCACUGAAACCUUGAUAAACUCUGUAAACACAUUUCAAUGUGAGAAAAGUCUGCUUUUUUACAAUGCUGUUUUAUGGGAGGCACAAGGCAUCAGAGGGUCCGCAGGCUGAGCUACAGCUAGCUUUUUUAACAGAUCUGGUGAUUAAAACAGGUAAAUACAAGGGAUACAUUCCCCUACGUAAAAAUCAUUGUUUCUGAAAUGCUUUGCGGCAGACUGGAGGCGUCAGACUGGGCUACCAGCUGAGCUGCUGAAAACCUGUUUUUAGUUGCUCAACUCUUCUGGGGGCUGAAAAUCAAUCAAUGAUUAUGAUGAUCACUAAAUAAAAAACAGAAGAAUAAAUAAUGAAGUUUCACACCUGUCGAGGCCCAGGGAGACACAGGGUCUCAGUAGAGGAUACGAGCUGAGCUGCUACUAGCUUGUUACUAGUUGCUCAGUUUAUGAUUCCUUCCGUGUUUAAACCAAAUUAACAUCAGAGAUAUCCUCUCCAAAUCACACAGAUCUGGAAAUAAUUGAGUUUGAUGUUAAAAAAUAAUUAUUCCAAGAUGCUUUUUCCAAUAUAAACACUGACCUCUGGAGGGGCUGCUAGCUGAGCUGCUUGGAGCUUGUUUCAUCAUGUUCAGGGUAUUUUUAGAAUAUCUUCAGUUUUAAGUCUCGCUAGGUUUUCACCAUGAGAAACGUUAAGUAAAAACACUGACUUAAGCAGUUUCAAUUAGAAAUCGGUGUAUUUGUGAUAAUCUUUUUGACAGGGCUUUGUGGAAAGUUAGCCAGGCAGCGCUAACCAUAGCUCACUAGCUUAGAAAGAAUUGUAUAUCUGAUUAAGUUCUAUAAUUCAAAGGACUGUCAGAAACCAGUCAUCUGUUUGUUUUUGUUUUUUUAAAAUGCCCAGCAGUCAGCCGGAGCGUUUGGAAAACUCUGGUUUAUUUGUCCUAAAGUUAAAAACAUGCGACUCAUGGAGGCUGAUUUAAAAGUUCAGCUUGAGUAUUUGAAGCUUUGCAUUAAAACGCCAAAUCUGAUUCGACUGACAAAGUUCAGAGUUGGGUACAGCCCGUGUGUUCGUCCUGUUUUUUGGUUUUUAUGUCUGGUGCAGUUUUGUAAAAAAUCUAAGAUAUGUUCAAAACAAUAUCUGAGACUGGAUGGAGUCUUGUUGUCUGACUGUCCUGAUCAGCUGCUACACUCCAACAUGACCUUUUCAGUGAUCGUUCCGUACGAUGAUAUUGUGCUUUUCUGUUUGACAGGAAUCAGGGUUUGACUCAAAUGCAGUUCCAAUGAAAUCUUAAGUCCAUCCAGUGUUGAAGUGAAUAAAAAAUUUGUGAAUUAAAAAAA